AUGAAGGUGAUAAUAUUUACAAAUAUUUGUUUGGCUGUGCUCUGGUGCAUGCCUAUUAGUACAUUUGCAUUUUAUGUUGUGUACAAUGUGAGCAGUGAGAAUCAGCCUCUAACACAAAUAAGUAUGGAUACACAAAGUAGACAUUUGUAUGUUGGAGGAAAGAAUAAAAUUAUACAUUUAGAUAAAGACUUAAAUAUGGUACAGGAUCAUAUUAUUGGGCCAGUGCAGGACAAUAGUAACUGUCCUCCUUCACCUCUAGCCUGUAGUGAAAGACGAACCGUGACACCCAACCAUGUCCGUGUCUUGGAAAUUAACGACCAAAAAGAUUUCAUACUUAUGUGUGGUUCAGCCAAUCAGGGAUUGUGCUCAUGCCUUUCCCUGAACAACAUUUCAUCCAAUCAUACUCUUGUUGCUGUGGACAGAGUAAAUUAUAUCGGAACUACAUCUCCUUCCACAGUUUCGGUGGUGUUCGGUUCUCCUCACAAACAAUCUGGUAGCACAGAUAAAGUCCUCUAUGUAGCUAUGGGAAUGGACAAAAGAGAUUUUCAAUUCCGUCCAAAAAUUAUUUCAACACGAGAAUUUAACUAUAUUGAUUCAUAUUGGAACUUGCUCUAUCAUGUGAGCGAGAAGACAUAUGGGACGUACCUAACAGCGGAUGAUUCUGUCCAAGAUUUGUUUCAGUCUUACUAUAUCUACUCAUUUGAAUACGAGGAUUACAUAUAUCAUAUUUCUGUACAAAUGAAGGAUCCUUUUGGAAAUAAAACUGAAAACAACGUUUUUGUAACAAAAAUAAUACAGAUAUGUAAAAAUGACCGAAUGUAUGCGUCGUACACAGAAUUGCCUCUCCAGUGUGAACAUGACGGAAAGAUGUACGAGAUUGCAACAGAUGCUUUCCUUGCAGAUGCACAGAAACUAUCAUCUACAUUUGCAAAAAAGCUGUUUGUUACAUUUGGUGCAAACAGACAACUUCAUCCAAAUCCAGAAGAAAAUGAAGGAUCAGUCAUGUGCUUCUUUGAUUUUGUUGAAAUCAUUAGAAACUUUUCUGAUCUUCAAAAAGACUGCUUUUCAGGAAAUGCCAUACAGCCUGUGUGGGUGUAUGGUAGGAAAAUAUCCUCCCCAAAGAUGUGUGUGGCAAGCUUUUUCGAAAAAAGUAAUUAUUGUGGUUAUUCAAGUAACAUUGGUAUUCAAAACUACCAGCCAAAACACCACCUUCUGAGUAUGGCUACCACUCACAUUCCAAACAACAUUUUAACAUCAGUUGCCGUGGUAACGCAAGGUGAACAUACAGUGGCUGUGAUGGGCACGUUUGAUGGACAUUUACUUAAAACCAAGGUUGAUGGAAAUCACAGGGUGAUGGAACCCUACCUAGAAGUCGAUCUAACCAAAGACCCUAACAUACCUGUACAAAAAGAUAUGCAAGUUGAUAAUGAAGAGAAUCAUGUGUACAUCCUGGCUGGAAGACAGAUCACCCCAGACUCAGGUCCAUAUGAGGGGCAAACCCCGAUUACCAUCCAUGGCAACAAUUUUGGAUCCUCAAAUGCUCAGGAGCUGCAGGCACGUGUUGGCAACUUGGAUUGUAUUCUGAGUAACAGAAACUUCACAAGUAUAGUUUGCAUUGCUCCAGCAGUGACGACUUCCAGCUCACUACCAGUGUCUGUGAAAAUUUUUGAUGAUACCAAAACCGGAAUCAAGUACAAAAUCGAUGGGACCUUUAACCUACAGACAACUCUCUUUAGUUAUAAGGUGCCAAAGAUGGCCAAUUUUACGCCAAGUUUUGGACCAAUAUCUGGCGGUACAGCCCUAGUCAUCAAGGGAGACAACUUGGACAUUGGGAAAGAUCGUUUUGUCAAAGUAGCCAACAUCCCAUGUAGUUUAAAAAGUUACAACAGGACCAUGAUUGCCUGUGAGACGACAGCACAUACUCCAGGUGGGUUAGGCCGUGAGCUUAGUGGCCCAGUGGUGGUAAAUAUAGAUGGAACCGAUUUCCCCAUCUACACAGACUUCACCUACAUGACAGACUCCUUGAUUUCUAAGGUGACUCCACCACGUUCCAUGGCCAGUGGCGGUAUAAACCUGACAGUGACCGGGACAAAUUUACACAUUGUGUCUGAUCCUCAGAUAGGAGUCACAAUUGUCAAGUCCAAAAAGUCGCCUCCAACGCAGAAAUGUAAAGCCACAAGUGAUGGUCGAACAAUGUACUGCCCCUCGGUCAACAUCACAGGUUUUGUCGAGGAAAAUCUUCCUCUCAAAUCUGAGGAAUAUCACAUUUGGUUCAAAAUGGAUGGCAUCAAGAAACUCGGCCCGAAGGAAUUUGUUGACCAAUCUUGGAUGAUAUUUCGAUACUAUCCUGACCCUAUCUUCUACAUGUUCAGCGAUAGUGGACAUCUGCGUAGUAUAGACAUUGCUGAGACAACGUUGGAUAUUAAGGGAGAAUAUCUCAACUAUGGUAUAUCUAAGGUAGAUGUUGUGGUGAGAGUUGGGACCAAUGGACUGUGUGACGUCAUCGACCUCAAGAACACUGUCAUGACCUGCACCUUACAUAACAAGCCUGCUGAAGCCUCAUCACAGAAACAUCGUGUAACAGUAAAAGCCGGUGGAAUAAAGAAAGAUAUUGGAUUUCUAGUCUUCACAGAGAAGGAGGAAACAGCCCCAAUCACAACCAUCAUCAUUGUAACUAUCAUCAUUGUCAUCAUAGUCCUUCUCAUCAUCCUACUCAUCGUCAUGAAGAAGAAAGAAAUUUUUAUAUUCGGAAAGACAUCAGAUCCGUACAUGGCCCAUUACCAGGCUGUACGCACGGAUGUUAAUGGCCAGAAUCGAGCAAAUGAUUACACGGAACAGCGGAUGUCAGAAAGUGGAGCAGCAGCCUCUCUCCUAUCGGGUAUAGAUGAUGAUACUCUGCUGGUUCUCAGAGAUAAAAAUCUGCUUAUUGAAAGAGAGUGGCUCACACUUGGGGAAAUCUUAGGGAGAGGUCACUUCGGUUGUGUACACAAGGGUUACCUCACCCUCCCAGGUGCAAAAGAAGAUUCAUUGGUGGCAGUCAAGACAUUGCACAAUGACAGCCCAAGAGAAAUUGAUGUACAGAGUUUUCUGGAGGAGGCCAUGCGUAUGAAAGACUUCCAUCACGACAACGUGCUUACUCUGACUGGAAUCUGUUUUGGAAUGGAUGACAUGCCUCUGGUUGUGCUACCUUACAUGAGUCAUGGCGAUCUGUUGUCUUACAUACGUAAUGAACAAAAUAAUCCAACAAUUAAAGACCUGAUAGUUUAUGGUAUAGAUAUUGCCCAGGGUAUGGAUUACUUGUCAGGACUCAAGUUUGUCCACAGAGAUCUGGCCGCCAGGAACUGCAUGUUGGAUGAAAAUUUCAAGGCCCUGGUUGCUGACUUUGGCUUGUCCAGGGAUAUCUAUGAACGGGAUUACUACAGUAGUGACAACAAGAAGAGUAAACUGCCUGUCAAAUGGAUGGCUCCAGAAUGUCUUGAGAAGGGAAAUUACAACUCCAAGUCUGAUGUGUGGUCCUUUGGUAUCUGUCUCUGGGAGCUGAUGACAAGGGGAGUUAACCCUUACCCUGAGGUAGACAACUGGGAUGUAUUGAGAUACAUUAAGGCAGGCCGAAGGAUGCCACAACCUCCUUUCUGUCCUGAUACAUUAUACAAAAUUAUGACAAAAUGCUGGAUGUUUAACCCAAAUGAGCGUCCCACCUUCUCCGAACUGGCUCACGAGGUACGGGAGAUGGUCACUGUUCUACAGCAGCAGAUGAAACAAGGCCAGAAGCGUAGUAACAUACAAAGUACCUAUGUCAAUGUAGAAACUGCCACCGACUACCAUUAUGGUGACGCUAACCAGUCUGCCAUCAUGACACCUGAUGCGGAAGAACACGAUAUUGAACCUACAGAACCAAACACAACAAUUGCAUAG